CGCGGAGGGUGGCGCAUUCUGUAGUCCUUCUCUAAAUGAAACUGGCUUUUAGUAGAGGACAUUGUGGCUCUAAGUUUUAUGUGCUAUCGAUGAAUGACCUUCGUCCUGUUUGAGCCCAAAUGUCUCCAUUCUCUCUGACGCUGUUGAAGAACUAGACGUGAAAACAGCGCCAUUUCUGUCGGCGUCCAUGAUACGUGAUGCUACCGCAGCGGAUUCCAGAGCUCGAGCUCGGAACGGCAGCGGGAGAGAAAUAGCCGCUCCUCUUUCGCUGGUCCUCUGUACUUCAACACACGGCAGGUUGUGCCGGUGAAGUAAGGCGUAGCCCCAAAAUGGACCCCUCCGACUGAGAUGCAGGCACGUCUUGUGUUUUGCUCAGCAGCUGAGAUCUAUCAACAGCAUAAGCCAUGCCUGAUGAGUAAAAUCCCAGUUUUUGCUUAAAGCAAUAAGAAAGGGAAAAAAGUUCUACAUGCCUCCCCAUGUAGAACCCCUUCAGUGCCUCUUGCUGGAGUGACUGUGCCCUCUUCCAGAAAGUUUUGCCUCAUCAUCAUUCUCCACUGAUCACCCUACAGUAACUACCCGUCGCAAUGCUGCUCCACCUGAGAAUGUCCAACACCUGAGGUCCCAUGCGUCCAGUGAGCACCGAUUCAGACGGUCCCACUCCUCCUAAAAGCCUCUCUUGCCCUUAUCCCCUUGUGGGCCCCCUGCCUGCCUCAAAGAUGUCCCUGCUCCAGUCGCUCGGCCCAGUACAAAGCUGGCUUGGCCAGGAGCUUGAGAAGUGUGGGAUUGACGCCAUGAUUUACACCCGCUAUGUCCUCAGCCUUCUCUUGCAUGAUAGUUAUGAUUAUGACCUGCAGGACCAGGAAAAUGACAUCUUUUGGGGCUGGGAGAAGGGAACUGGGAAGAAAUGGGGCAAGACUAAGAAGAAAGGAGGGACUGACCUGAGUCUGGAGGAAAUGAAGAAACAAGCUGCUGUGCAAUGCCUUCGCUCUGCAUCUGAUGAAAACUCUGGAAUUGAGAGCUUGGUUGAAGAGCUUUGCUCCAAACUUAAGGAUAUCCAAAACAAACAGAAAGAGGAAAAACAAAUUCAAAAGAAAUCUGAUGGAUCUCAGUCUCCAGAACGAGCCGAGUCCCCCUCUUCAAAGGACCAGGUGGAAAUGUAUUAUGAAGCCUUUCCUCCUUUAUCAGAAAAACCAGUUUGUCUUCAAGAGAUCAUGACGGUGUGGAACAAGGCUAAGGCCUGCACCUACUCAAGUUCAUCAUCCUCUGCAGCUCCACAGACCAGCACAGAUACCUCUUCCCCUAAAGAUUGUAACAGCGAAGGUGAGGCUGCAAAAGAGCGACACCAUGAGGCAUGUGGUACCGACACUAUUGUGACCAGUGAGAGAGGACACCAACGACGGAGCAAGAAGGAGAAAGAAAACCGAUGCCAUGGGGGUGCAGCAGCGGAGGAGAAAUCUUCUGUCCACUCCAAGAGACAGACAAGGCACAGGUCUGAGGGCAAAUACAGACCCAGAUCCUGGUCUUCUGGGUCUAGUGAGGCAGGCUCAAGCUCAAGUGGGAACCAUGGUGACUCUAAAUCAUCCAGAAGCAAGGCUGUUAGAACAAGGCACAAAUCCAGGGAGGCUGCAAAGAAUAAGAGAACACGCAACAGUGGGCAGGUGAAGCUGCAGGUGAAGGUAAUUGACAAAGAGGAGCGAAGAAACGCAGGAGGGAGCAGUAGCAGUGCCACUGGAGGCACAGCCAAACACCCACAGCUUUACAAAAAGGGGAAAAGACCGCUGAAGGAGAUUCGUAAAGAUUCAGGCUGGAUGGAAGCAAAAGAGUCUGGCGUUGAGGCCAGAAACAAAAAGGAAUACAUGGAGGAGCCACUUUGGUACACCGAGCCCAUCACUGAGUAUUUUGUACCUUUCAGCAGCAGACAAAGCAAGCUGGAAACAAAAUAUCGAAGCAAGGUAGAUUCUCCAGAUAGCUUUGCAUUGUCAACUGACUUGGAGAGUUUGCCGGAGAGAAUCCAGGGAAUCUGCAUUGCCAGUGAGAGUUACCAGAGAGCAUACCUAGCAGCUGGCUCUUUUGUAGAUGGACACUUUGUGGAAGGGCCCGGCGAGGCAGAAGAUGAAACUGCUGAACUCAUUGGGACCUCAAGCUGCCUUCAGCCAGAGGAUAGUAAAGAUUUAGAUGACAAGCAUCUGUCUGAAUACACUCACUUCUAUGAAGUUGAUAUUUAUCAAUCCAUAUUGGAUACUAGUGCCUCAGACUCAAUACAAGAGAGUCGGAUCUUAAGCAUGAUUCGACAAAAAAGCAAAGAGCAAAGAGAUGUUGAGGCAGAAUGUUGUUUAGUGUUAGAUGGCCUUGAGCAGCAAGGGAAAAGUGCAAUACGGGCAGACUCACAGGAGGCUUUGGGAUCUGUUGGAUUCUUAAUGGAGGAUCUUGGAAAUAUGGCUCAAGUGUGGGGAUGUUAUUCACCAUCUACUUCAGAAGAUAUAGAUGGAGAAAGCUUCACAGGAGACUCCCCCAUUCGGCUUUCCCCGCUUCUUGAUAGUGUUUCAUUCACCCUGAGCAAACUUUCUGGAAAUCUGGAAGAGCCACCUGUUCCUGAAGCCACCAGUGACCCAUCUGGUUUGAAUUCAUCCUGCUUUUCUCUUUUUGAGCUGCAGUAUGACAGCCCCACUUUUCCUUUUCCCCGUGACUCACUCACAGUUGGUCAUGAAAACAACACAGAUUCGAGUAGCUGUCUUGACUUGCAUUCUAAUAAACAGUCUCGUUUGCUAAUAUGGACCAAAAAUAGUGCCUUUGAUGAAACUGAACACUGUUCUAACCUUUCAACACGAACUUGCAGUCCGUGGUCACAUUCAGAGGAGACUCGUUCAGAUAAUGAGCAAGGAAAUGCUCCGACAGAGGAUGCUGCUCAAAUUGGCAACAAAGAGGUAGACUGUAUGAUCCGUCCUCUCUCUGGUACCUAUCUAGAGGAUGAAAUUUUGGAUUUUUUGCAAGAAGACUCUGGCCCUAAAUGUGAGGGGGUCAGGGUUAGCACAGUAUCCAAUCAGACCUUCUCAAAAAAAUCUAAAUUGGAGUCAAUUUGUGGUAUAGCAUUGGAAGAGGAUGAGAGUAAACAGUACAGCACUGGCAUGUUUUCUGACAACACAAACCAACAGAGUGAUGAUUACAGCUCAGGGAUAAUAAAGGACAUCUGGACUGCAAUUGGAAAUGGCAAAUCUGUAACGUCAAGUCAAGGAGCAGAAAAACCAAGUGAGGGGCUAUUCUCAGAUGAGUCAGGUGGUUACUGCUGCAGCUGUCUGGAGGUACAGGCAAAAGGAGUUCCAAUCCAGGGACCUGAGAAGAAAGCAGUUCAGCGGUCAGAGUAUCAUCUUUGGGAAGGUAAGAAAGAAGAACAGGACUUAGCCAAAAACAAACUUUGCAAGAUAGAUGGUGCUGGUGAUUACAUGACUCCGUCCAAGCCCUGGGAUUUAAGCUCUGACAAAGAGAGUACAUCAUUCAUCCUUGGAGGGGUAUAUGGAGAGUUGAAGACAUUAAGUGGUGAUAAGAAUUGGGCUGUGGUGCCACCAAGUGACACCCAAGAUAGUUUGCUACAAAGUGCCGCCGCAGCUGCUUAUGCUUCUAGCUCAGACAUGCUUACCAUCACUGGCACAGAUGUGUUGAUGAACACGAGCAGCUGCUUUGCCCCUGGGCAUAGGCCCCUGUGGAGGCCUCUUGUGUCCUUUGGGCAGAGUGACCAGGCUAUUAAAGGAGGUGGAGAUGGACUAAAUAAGGGAUUUUCUUUUAUCUUCCAUGAAGAUUUGCUUGGAUCUUAUGGAGGCUUGCAUAGUGAGGAGCAAGGUUUAGAAUACCCAUUUGCAUCCUUCAGUCUAAACAAUCCCUUCUCUCAAGUCCUCCAUGUUGAGUGUUCUUUUGAGCCUGAGGACAUGGCUUCAUUCAGUCCAGGGUUCAAGCCCAAAUCUAUCCUUUGCUCGGACUCUGAGAAUGAAGCCUUCCACCCGCGAAUAUAUGGCAUUAACCGGACGCAGUAUAGGGCCAUUCGCAUUUCCCCCAGGACUCACUUUAGACCAAUAUCUGCCUCAGAGUUGUCUCCUGGUGGAGUAAGUGAUUCAGAGGCUGAGACUGACAAAGAGGAGAUGAGUUUUCCUGUCCUGGCACCGGUGGACGUCUUUGAUGAUCCUCAGGCAGACCUCAAACCUCUGGAGGAGGAUGCAGAAUGUGAGGGCCCGUAUUAUGGGAAGUCAGAACUGGAAUCUGGUAAAUUCUUACCCAGAUUAAAGAAGUCUGGCAUGGAGAAGAGUGCCCAGACCUCUUUGGAUUCACAGGAGGGCUCCAGUACCCUCCUGCCAAUCGCUGAGCAAGAGAUUUGCUUAGACUGCAAAACGGCAGCAGCUGCAUCAACUGCAGGUGAACAGACGGACGCCUCUGUCAGCAAGAUUCAAAGAGACGAAUCUUCAGGAGAGAAACAGUCCUGCGUAUGUGCAAUCCCCAAGUAUGGGAUUGCUUAUGACUUUGUUGGAGAUGUGCCAGAGUUCCCUCUGUUAAAUAUAAAUGGACAGGGAAGAACUGGCAACCAGCAAGAUGAGUGCUGGUGGCAGAACACACUCUGUUCCCCUCUUUUCCCUGGAUCUCAAUGUACAGGGAGCAGCAAUAUUUGAAUAUUCCAGUUUUGCAGAAGAGACCUGUGGUCAAGAGGAAACCUUCCUCUCCUUUUGUGACUGGAUCUCUACCAGCAAAGAUUCAGGGUCAUCUCAGAGCUGGAGAACCUAAAGUAGGCAAAUUUUGUGCGACAACCCUCCAAAACCCCCACACAUUACUCUUCUGGUUUUUAUUUACUAACUUAAAACCUUGUAUAAUCAGCACUCAGAUCAACAAAAAGUGAGUCAAAAUAGGAAAACUCAAAAAAUAUGUUCUGUCUUUGAGUGAUGCCGUGUGCGGACAUGCAUUUUAGAAUGUUUCAUUUGAUUUCUCUGUACACUGGUCCUCAUUCAAAUCUCAGUUAGGUAGAAGGGACAAACUUUUGUUCUAUCCUUGUCACUUUUGUUCCCACAAUUUUGCUUUUGAACCAAGAUACUGAUAAUUGGUGUCUGAAUGGUUAUGCAUGUAUGUUCGUCCGGCCAGUCUCACUCCUCGUUUUCUAGUUAAAUCUAAUGUCGUGUGAAACAACUGCUAUUGCAUCCUCUACUUUCCAUCUUGUGUUCAGAAAGACAAAAGGAUGUUGGGGUUUUUGAGUUAUGUAAGAAUGUCAGAGUUUAUAUAGUUUGGAUAACUUUCUGAAUGUGAAGUAGAGAAUGCGUGCAGUUUUCUUCGAAAUAUCCGUAAAUUCCCCAUGUAUGGAAAAGUUAUCAUAAAUGAGUCUGUUUUUUGAAUGGUGAUAGUCUUUCAAAAGCUAGUAGUAGACUUAGUAUGGUUUGUUAGGUUAAAAUAAAAAAAAUCCUUUAAAAAGUAAAAAAUGGGAAAUCAAAAGUUUUGUUGGCAAAAGGACUAAUAAUCUACUUGUAGAACCUGGGGGGAAAAAAUAAAAAGUUUGUUUUGGGGUGAAGACCCAUCAUGAAACGACAUGACUAUAGCCAUUUUUGCAGACAUUGGUGUUGCAACUCAAUGGAACAUUGUUUUACUUUGUGUAAUUUCUAUGGUACAGACUCUUGGUGCUAUAAAUAUGUUUGCAAAUCUUUUGAAGUUGCAGUUCCAUAGUAUGGCUGUGAUAAGUAGAUGGCAAAGCCUAGUUUUGUUUGUAGUCCAAGACAAUCGGACUCCAUGAAUAUGUUUUUGCGAAAAUUGUGAAAAGGAAGAAAAUGUUUGCCUGAUUGUAAUUCUUGCUUAAUGUGGCUUGGUUUUUAUUUUAAGUUAACCUCUUAGUUGUCAGGUCUCUGUCAGCUGAAGCAGAAAUACUUGCAGGCAUUUAAAUCUCAUGUUUCUACACAUCCUUUCAGUUCCUUUGUCCCCAAGCAAAAAGGACAAAAUCAGCGCAGAGUGAUGGUUUACUGUCCAUUGUGCAACUAAGCUAUAACAAGUGGCAGGGCGGUGGUCAAACCAAAAACAUGGCAUAAUUACACUAAGGUACAAAUGCUUUUUUUCCAUAUGAGGUGUGUUUUUAUUUUUUGGUUUACAAUAUAGUUGAAAUAUUGAGUGUCUCACUGUGUGUGUGUGCGUGUGUGUGUGUGUAUGUGUGUGUGUGUGUGUGUCAGUCAGCAUAGAACUUGUGAAGGCACUGGUUCAGAGUGAGUGUACUAGAACUUAAUCUCAGAGAAAUGUGAAGGUAUGCAGAGGCAUAUAUUCACUAGAGUAGAAAAGCAUUAAGGCUCCCUAAAUUUGAAACACACCCAGAACAAAUUAGCCAUAAGACCCCUGAGGUGUAGUUUACUGACCAGUGCUUUGAAACUUAAAUUCAGUUAAAGCAUCUGUAGAUGCAUUGUGCAUUUCUUAAUACCUGCUGCUUUUUUUCCAAUUUUACUUCCAAGUUUUUCAGACAGGUUAUGCAGAGACUAGCAGGGUGACUCAUUUGUCACAUCAUACCUUGAAACUUUAAGCACAGAUAACUAAAAUUGUACUUGGGUAAUAAUAAAAAAAAAAUGUCAGCAGUGGGAGCAGACUCACUGUAAUGCACUGUCGCAGGUGAAUGUGUCCCUGUUGCGUGUAUGGUUUGGCUUCCUUGUUGAAAAUGCAAAGUUUGUAAAGGCCCAAGGUGUGUUCAGGCCAGUGCCACUUGAACUGAAAAGGACCCCCAAGUAGCUGAAUGAAAGGUACCCAAAUUCAGGGUCUUAUCACCUUUCUUUGACAGUUAUCAGACACUCAGGAAUUUUUUAAUAUAAGCAUACUGCAUAAUCUACACUCAGACCUGUGACAGUGCAUUAACGCAUUAAUGUAAAACCUUUCUUUGAUUGUAGAGCAGAAAUUGACAGGUGUUCUUUCCAAGCAAAUCAGAGCUAACUGUCAAUAAUUUAGAGCUUUAGUUUUAUGGGUUUAAAAAAAGAACUAAGCCAUUGCAUAGAUUGCAUAAGCAAUGCGGAGGGGAAGUCAACAGCCCUAAGUCCUAUGCAAUACCUUGGCGCAUGUAAACAUUCAAGAGCGUAUGGAGAAAAGUCAUUCAAUUAAUUUUGCAUGUAGAUUACUUUUGAUUGAGGGACAGCUGAGGGGAAAAAAAAAAACACGGAAUGUCUCUAAAAUGCAGCAUGCAAACGUUGCACUCCAUUUUCUGUUGAAUUAAACAUGUUUUAGUUAACAAAUCAAACGAGGUUAUAUCAUCCCCAUCAGUGAUCGAAAGAAUGGUAUAAGACUGAGAAUCUGUCAUUGGAUGUGUGUAAAAAGCUAAGUUACAAAAAAGCACUUAAAUGGGGGUUGAAAGGAGCGCAUUACACCUUUCUCCAUUUAAUUCUUCCAUUUUGAUAUGCCGUGUUUAAAAAAACAAAACAAAAAACAAACAAACAAAAAAAAAAACAUAAGACAGUGCAUUCAGUGAAGGUGUGUGCAUGAACGACACUGACAGAGUGGCUGACGUGCGAUUGCACUGUGGUCUGAAGAACAUAUCCAGCACUGGAAACUUGAGUUAUCAUUGUCUUUUCAUUCCCACCUAGAUAAUGUUCCUUCACCCUCCCCCCUUCCUCUGUCCCUAAAUCCCGUCUGUUCCGAGUAGGUGUGUUAUUCUAAUUUCAUGUACACCCUGAAUAAAUUAUUUUGUUUCAUUGUGGAUUUUCUUAACAUCUAAUAAAGGAA